UGGAGGGCAGCGAUGAGUGGUGGGGAUGUGCGAGGUGAUGGCACACAUGCUGGCGACGGUGGGUUGUGCUACAACGACGUCGUUGUUUCGGCCGGAAGGAAGAUCUUACGCUGGCAUGGAGGGCAGCGAUGAGGGGGGAUAUGCGAGGUGAUGGCACUACAACGGCGUCUUCGUUUCCGCGGGAAGGAUGAUCUCACGCUGGCAUGGAGGGCAGCGAUGAGGGGGGAUAUGCGAGGUGAUGGCACACAUGCUGGCGACGGUGGGUUGGGCUACAACGGCGUCGUCGUUUCAGCGGGAAGGAAGAUCUUACGCUGGCAUGGAGGGGAUCGAGGAGGGGGGAUGUGCGAGGUGAUGGCGCACAUUCUGGUGGCGAACACCCAGGAGCAGGAGGAGGAGGCAGCAAGAAUUUUGGCUGAGCAUAAGGCCAGAAAAGAGAAGAAGGAGGUGGUGAAACAGACCAAAAAGUUGGCCCUGUUGCAGGAGCAAGCGGCCAAGAGAAAGCAGUUAGAGGAAGAGAUGGAGAAGUUGAAGAAGGAGGAGGAAGAAAAAAUGAAGGCAGUAUAUGAAGAAGAGGAAGAGGAGAAGAAGGCAGAAGAGGAAGAGCCCCUCAUCAGGAGAACCACAAGGGAGAGAGGGGAGUCUAGUGGCACGAGGAAGGAAGAUCCCUGGAUCGAGAAGGUGUCUGAGUGGGUGGCCAACCUGUCAUUGGGGGAAACAGAGGAGGCGAUGUUGUAUGUCCCCAGAGAAGAACAGGAGGCGGUGAUCAAAGAGAUAGAAGUCGAAGCAGAUCCUCUCAAACGACAGACGAUAGAGGAGGAUAAGCAAUCAGAAUGGAAAUUGCGUCUGACCAGAGAGAAGAAGAAGAGGAUAGAAGAGCUAGCAAGGUGGCGAAAGAGCACUGAGAUGAAGGCUAGAUUGGAGAAUACUGAGCGAUUGUGCACUGGCGGCGCAAAGCUUGCUGCUCCCAAAGAGGAGGAAUUUCGUCCCCGUAGAGAGCCUGUAAAAAAGAAGUUCCCUUAUCCAUAUAGUGGGAAGAGGGAGGAGAACUUCGACAAUUGGGAGGCAAACGUGAACUCGUACCUUCGCUUGCAGAAGAUAUCUCCUGAGGAACAUGUCCUCAUUGCUUUCCACGCUCUUAGGGAUGAAGCCGCUAGCUUCGCCAGAUCGCUCUACCGUGCUGCAAAGUGUGAUGACGAUAUGGUCGCAGUAAUUCAUAACAUGGGUGAGGUGUUCGAGUUACAUCUUGGAAAUAUCAUGCCCGAUUGGCUGCCUGGCGUUGUGGGUUGGUCAGAAGAAGACAUUGAAGCCCUGCUGAAAGAUUUUAUGUGCUUGCUGGAAAGAACCUUGUUGUCAAGUGGCGAGGACUCUAUGCCCCGCUUGAAGAAAAUCUCCAUAAAUGGUGCUCUUGGGUUUGGACAAGAUCUAAGCUUUUUCAGAGUCCUACUUUCUUUCCUGCAGCAGUCUAGCUGUCAUGUCCAGGAACUUACAGUGAAGGGGGCAGUUGGAUUAGACGAUACACGACGUCUGGAGCUGCUCGGCAACGGGCUCCCGCACUACCGUUCACUGAGCAAACUACAGGUCGGGGAAUUCAAAACGGAACUCCCUGAUGACAUUGCUACUACCCUCGCUGAAGGUGUCGUGGCGAAUGCAAGUUUAUGGAAAUGUUCUAUUGACUGUCGCCUUCCCAAGAAUGCGAUCAUGGUGCUGGCAAAAGGUCUGGCUUCGGCGAAUGAAAGAUUUUGUCAUAUUGCUACAGCUUGUCCAGGCACGUCCAGGUUGUUGGCAGCGGAUGAGAAUGGUGCUUCUGGAUCAUCCUUGGAAAUAGAAAAUGCACUGGUACCAGGGAGCGGGAGGCAGGCACAAAGUAGGCCUCGACUUGGAGUCCUCUUUAUAAUCCCAAUCGCCAUUGACAAGGAACAAGCAGAGGCUCUUGCAGAGAUGCUCAACACAAACAACAGUCUUCGCGUCCUCCGAUUAUGGGCCACUUUUGAUACCGAGGAAUUCAUAACACUUCAGAAAGGCUUGCGGGCCAACACUUGUUUAGAAUGUCUUAUAGUAACUUAUUGCCUUCCAUUCUGGAAUGCCAAUGAGAGAGCUGAGAUACUCUCCACUUUGAAUUACAACAAGACGCUUCGUAAAUUUGAUUUCACUGUGCUUUCUGAUCCGAUAAUUAUCGAUAAGUUGAAUCAAAACAAACGAGAAUGGGAGUUACUACAAGCUGUUGGAGCGUCUCAGUACACAGCCAGCAAACACAUCAGAUGCUUUCUUGCAGGUGAUCCUUAUGCAGGGAAGUCCACCCUCAGAGAUUCCUUUAGCUCUGGAAUAUUUUGGUCUGGAAUAAAGACUAUGAUGAGGACUAUGCCGAUUGUUCCAACGGAAGCCAUGCCCCGAACAAAGGGCAUCGAAGUGGUUCAGAUGGAGAAGGAGGGGGUGCAUAUCCAGCUCUGGGACUUGGGUGGACAAACAGAGUACCAUUCCAUCCAUGAUCUGUUAAUGCCAACCCUUGGUGGCGAUAGGGCUGCACCCAACAUCUUCUUGCUCAUGUGCAAUCCAGUGAUGCCUUCAGAAAUGCGGAAACCUGCUGGCUUCAGUACAAACACUUUGGCUACCAAAGGGAAACAACAUGCCAUUGGAUGGAAAGAUCAGCUCGAGUCGAGACUCAGGUAUUGGUUAAGGUUCAUUGCGGCAAAUUGCAGCCCAGCAAGACAACCAUGCGUAAUCUUGGUCUUCAAUCCUCACCACCCUCACAAGUUGGACCGUACUGCUUUGUCCAUACGAGUUCGUGAGCUUUUGCAUUGGAUGUCAACAGAAUUCAGAGGUCUGUUGGAAAUCAGUACGGAGGAAUUUAUGAUUGAUGCAAGAGAGUGGACAGGUGCCACAAGGGUGAAGGAUUUUUUGUUCAUCAAGGCGAGUGAACUCCUUCAGAAAACUAAUGUUCUUGAAGUAAUGGAGAGAGCUCAUAGUCAGAUCAUCAAUUUCAGGGAAUCGGUUGGUAAGGACGUCCCUCUUAUUUCCUGGAGCCAGUUUCAUACAGUUUGCCCGUUUGGAAACUUGGAGGCCAAUGCUACUCAACAAGGACCAGCUACAGCUGAUCAAGGCAGUACCCUGAUAGAGAACGGGUCUGACGGCUCCGACCUCUGGGAACUUACAGCUCACUAUCUUCAUGACAUUGGGCAGGUCAUUUGGUUUGACCCAAUGCCUUUUGUGGUUUUAAGUCCACACUGGUUUUGCUGCAAGAUCGUGGGGGAGAUCAUUCCGACGGAGUUCUAUAGUUCUGGAGUCCAUGAUGGAGUUGCCAAAGAGGAUCUUAUGAAACGUGUGCUGGGACGAGCACUCCCACCGACGUUGGAAGCCAGCCUCCAAAACUUGAUUGAUUUAAUGGUUAGGAUGAAGAUUGCCUACAAGAUCUCUGACACCAGCCUAAUGAUACCAGCCUGCCUUCCUGAGCGGCAAGAAGGUGAGGGCCUUCAUUGGGAAAGCAUGCCGAGCGGUUCAGAACAACUCCAAGGCAAUUACUUCGGAUUCCGAAUAGCUUGCAAAGACAAGGAUAGGUUGAUGUUAACAGCAGGAUUUUUCCAUCGACUGCAGGUCCAUCUUCAUCAGAAGUUUCAUUCUAUGGGGCGAUACAGGUGUGAGAAGGACCUGGCAUGGAUAUUGUUCAAUGGGCAUGAGAUCUUCAUUGAGUUUGGUGGCAUUCACGAUGAUUGGAUCGAUGUGAUGGUCUUCGUUGAGUUCGGUGCCAUGCAACGCAAACGACACCCAGUGGACUGGGUUGAUGAGAAUGUGUUGCAUUCGAUCACCGAGCUUUGCCACGAGCCGACAGGCCUUCCAGGUGUGCAUCUGGUUAUUAAAAUCCUGCGCCCCGGCUGCUUGAAAGCGCAUAAAAUUUUGCCCCGCAGGUAUCGAGACGAUCGCCAGACUGUGACAGAGGAAGAGUUACUUGAGAGGAUUGAAUGUGAAGGGUCUGAUUACAUGCAUUCUUGGGAGGCAGUCUGCGGUGCGCAAGGCGAAGAAAUCAUACGAGCUUCUUCUGAUCUUGCAAUUGAGCUGAUUAGACCUCGUGUGCUCAAGUACCGCCCGUUGUCGCGAAAAAUGGAGGUGGGGGGUACGGGUACCGUCUCCCAGGGCUUUCGCGGUUCUCUUCAACCUAGUGGAGAGCCCUCACAUGCUACGAAUUGCACCGUGCCUAAGGGUGAGAACUUGGUUGAAAUCAUAGAGCAGGGUCUCGAGUCCGUGAUCGAAACAGUUAAGGAAAACACCAGACGAGUCCUGGAGAGGCAGGACAAGCUGUCUAAUUUUGUCAUAGAGCAGCACACCCAUCGCCUCCCACAUCUUCUUUACGUCACUGAAAAAAAAUCGUCUGGGCUCCGCAAAAAAAUGCUGUUCUUCAUCGGCUUGCGGACAGUGGAACUGCAUCUUAUGUGCGAGUACCGAGGGGGGAUCCAUUUUGUGGAUGGUCAGAGGGGGAAGAAGACACGGUUUGAAAUCGACGAACGGCGUCAUUUCUGGACAUUUUUCAAGUGGACGCUCAUUACCCUCUCUGUGCUUGUGAAAGCGGGUUUUGCCGUCACCAGCGGCGUCUUCCAGCUCGUGCCAGACAUGGCCGAUGCUGCCAACUGGACAACCUUCGUGAUCGGAGAGCUGGGAACGGCUGCCAUGGAUGAUCUUGUGGACCCGGAAGACCUGCAGAGAAGAAUGAAUGCCCCAGAAAAAGAUGCGUUUGUGGGUGGCAGUGCAGAUGAUGGAAUCCAGCGUCAGCAAGCAGUGGCCUGGCUGGACGGCAUCCUCAAAGGCGGUGACAGAAGAGAGAUACGGGAGCUGUUUGACCUGAUGCAGGUGAGGUACAGAGACACAGACUCCGUAGCCUGGAUAUGCAAGUCCUGCUGGAUAAAGAAUAGAAUUGCGCUGGAGCUGCUUUAGACCUGUAAGAGGCCAGGCCCUGGAUUUGAACUCAUGACGAGCUGGCUUAUCACCAACCGCAGCCAUGUACCGAUUGAAAGUAGCCCGAUUCUGCAAGUCCUGCUGCAAGAAGACUUGAAACUGAGGGCAUACUCACACCCGGCACUUUCGUUGAUGUAUAUGCCCGCUUUUCCGACCACGGAUAGAUGCACUUGACCACGAUUACGUCUACAGAGAAGUUGAAAAGGCCUUCGUGUGAGUAGGCCCUCCGGCUCUGUAACGGUGCAUGUCGCAUUUAGCCACACUCUCGGGCUCUGUUCACCCCGAAACAGGUACAGUUUUCUGUGUCUGUUGUUUGCUUGCAAGAAUUUGAGCGCUCUUUUUUUUUCUUCUUUUUAACCCUGCCUGUAAUUGAACUCAUUUCUGUCCCCAAAAGGCCACACCUUCAGGAGUGUGUUGUUUACUUACAAGAGGUUGGGCUCGGUAACGCCUCAAGAGUCAGUCAGGAAAUGUCAGUCCAGCUGCAGGAGAGCCAGGUGAUGGCUGAAGACACAGUAGUAAAACUACCAUUCAUUC